AGCCAUAUUGUCUCAAGCCGUGUGGGCCCAAGGGCCCCGAAGCUUGUGGCGCGAGACGCCCGCCGUGCUCGCCCAAUGUCAUCGGCACCCAGCGUCGUCAGUGCCAUCGGUAAUACGCCUCGACGCGUGCGCCAGUCAAUGACAUCGGCGCUCGCAUCGGUGUCGUCGGCGCUCUGCCAGGAGCCAGGGGCCACCAAGAAGCUGGACGCUGCCGAGCCCCCCGCGGGCAGCACCGCCGGACGCAGGCGCCGAGAGCGUCGCAGCCCCGAAGGCGAUGCACCCGGGGCACCGGAGAGCUUCGAAGGCAGGGCGAUGACAGCCCCGGAGCCGAGAGACCCGCAGCCGCCCGGGGGCGAGAACGAGAAGCCCCGCAGGCGCCGCCGGAGGGAGGCAGGCGGGCCAGCCAGCGCGGAGCCGGGCGCUGCCGAGGAGGCGGAGCGCCAGGCCGGGCGCCAGCGCGACCACUCGGGAGGCGGCGCUGCCGCUCGGGGGCCACGCGCAGGCCCGCCCCAGGCGGAGCUCCAGGUGCUCAGCGCCCCGAGCCUCGAGGACAGCGCGCUCGAGCAGCCGGGGGAGGGCAUCGGCGCCAGCCGGCCGCAGAGCGACGCGAUGGCGCCUGGCCGCUCGGGUUCGGGGCGCCCCCCCGCCGCGCAGCCCCGCGAGCGCGCGGGCGGAGCCGGGGCCGCGGGGAGCGCGCGGCCGCGCCAGGGCAGCACCGCGGAAGGGGGGGCGCCGUGCGCCGUGGCGGCGGAACGCCUCUCGGGGGAGGCAGGUGGGCCGGCCGGCGCGGCCACGCGGAAGCCAAGCGCGGGCGAGGGGGAGGAGCUGGACGUGGAGUCCCAGGUGAAGCUCCAGGAGAUGAAGCCCGAGAAGGCCGAUUGGACGGACGAUUUGGAUAUGGCAGAUGCGUACGAGCUCAACACGUCAAUUUGGGACAGCAUGGUGUUUUUCGGGUUCCCCGAGCUCGGAUGGAACGUGUCCGCUACGCUGCUCUUCGGCUACGUCGUCAAUCUCGUAUCCCAGCUCGCAUUCUGCUUCGUGGUCUAUACGUACAUGCUCAAACCGGACGUGGACUCGUCCGCGCUCAGUAAUUUGCUCAAGUUUCGGCUGAGCCUCGCGCACAACUCAGAGUUCGCGGACCCCAUGACGAAGCAGUCUUUGGCGAGGCAGGUGUGCAGCACCAAUCAGAAGGUGCACUUCGCCGCUGGGCAGAUAGGCAUCUUGUCGGACGUGCAGAAGUUCUUAAGGGGCGGGCCCACGCUGAUGAUAAUCGCAGAGAUCCUCUUUCUCGGAGUCAUCGUCAAGGAGAUGGACGCCAUCGUUCAUUUUUCCCAAGCCGUCAUGUCGUUAGAUCGGUCGGAUACCACUCAGGUUAAUCUGACUGUACAAAAGGAUUCUUACUUGUCAUCCAUUACGGCUCGAUUUGAAAAGAUCCAUCGGAUGCGUAUUCGCUUUACUUGGGCUCUCAUCACCGUGCCCCGCGCGAUCAUAUGCGUAUUGCUUGGUUUCACAGGCAUCCUCUUCAUCGGCAAGACCAGCAAUAUCGAUGACCUUAUCCUCAACUGCCUGGCGAUAGUCUUCAUUAUCGAACUAGACGAGCUAGUCUACGACUGCUUGGCACCCAGGCGGCUCAAGACGUUGCUGAACAAUAUGGAGCCUUUGCCGUGCCACACACGACUGCUGGCCAGUGCUGUCCAAACGGAUCGCAUCAAGGAUGUCAUGCCAGUGCUGGCGCCGGUCUUGAAGCUGAUUUUCGUGUGCGGGUCACUCGUUGCCACCAACGAAUUGGUGCUCAAGCGAUUCUUCUGGCAGCUGGAACAAGUCGAUCACAUCUUGUGCUCAGAGGACAGUAAGCUCGAUUUUGUGUACGCUCGGAACUCAGCAAACGGCAUCAUCUACGUGGCCAGAUCUCAUGAUGCCGACGCCUGGACGGCGGACGAAGUCACCGUGUUGGAGGUGUCGAUGCUUGAUAUCGAGCCCAAUUUCGAUUGGAAUCCCAGCAUCUUGGCCAAGCAGCAGGGGCUCCGCAACGGCGGCAAGGAGGACCCCCCCGCUAUCGUUCUCGGCCACUCGGCGGCGCUUGUCCAAGACACAGCAUUCGACGCCAGCAGCUACGACGCCCUCGAGGAGCUCGGCAACAGCCCGCUGCAGCUGGCGGCAAACAUACUCGUGUGCCACGAUCUCGGCUCGAAGUCGGAGAGGCCCAGCUACCGCGCAGCCCUGCGGCAGCUGAUGGGCAACGCCAGCAUCAUAACUUGCGCUGAGAUUCCUUGGGAGUAUUGUGCCCGGCGCGAGAUGACGCAGCUCAGGGCGCUGUGCCCCGUACGUUGCAACUGCCACGUGCCCCCGACGUACGAGAUCGAAGGCCAGAAGGCUCUCGCCGGCUACUUCCAGAGUCCGCGAGGCGGGUGCCCGCAGUCGUGCCGGGCACAGCUGGUGACAUCCAACGAGUUGCGCUUCGUCAAAGGGACAGCACCUAACUCGACUGGCACGAGCAGCACUGCUGGCAGGUGCGCAGAUGCUGAGCCAGAUGCAAUCAUCUUUGGUGGCGAUGGCAGCAUGAAGAGUUCAAAGGAGUGCCUUGUCAACGGGACCGUCGCCGCCGAAUGUGGCGGUUUGCCCCCAGACGCGUUCUGGUGGCUCUCGUUUGCAGCGGGCUUGUUCGAGCACCUCACGGCCGACGUGGCGUUUCCAGACAUCGUCGAGGCCUCCGUGCAACUGGUGUUCCCGGACCUCAAAGACAGCAAGAGGCGCGAGCUUGCCAGGUGGAUCUCGAAUGGGAGUUUGGUUGAAUCGUUCCUGGAUGGCCACUGGGAGCUGAUGCGUGACGUACCGCACCCGCGGAACCUGACCGGGUGCGACUACCUCGCAUCUUACGAGGUCAGGCUGUUGUUGAACGCCGACCUCUGCAGCGCGGGCGAGUUCUCCUCGAUCCAGUUCAUGUGCCCGGUCUCGUGCGGGUGCUCUCUUGGCGAGAUGUACAGGUCGUCUCUGUCGCCCGACGGCGUCGAGUUCACCCGUGUUGACGACAUCCUCAUGGUCAGUAACAGGAUGGAGGACCUGGGCUUCUGCCCUGCCGCAUGCCUGAUGACGCACCCGAGUAUCUCUGGAGAUUCCAGCUACGAUGCCAUCGGCAGCGACAGCGCGGACGGCAAGGACUACGGCAUGGACGACUACUUCAACAACUACUACUACCACUACGAGGAAAACGACGACUGCGAGAACCGCGGCUCUCAGUUGGCCACGGACGCCUCGGGGUACUCUUGCCAGCACUGGGCCUUUUUUCAUUGGGAGUGCACGGACUACUACGACGACACCGACUUCACUGUCUCUGACUUGUGCUGUUGGUGCGGUGGUGGAGAUCGCUCUCUCUGAGUGAAGCGUAGUUGUGUGUCCACUUGCUGCUGCUUCUGAAUUUCCAAUUCUAAUGAAUUGUUUUCCUAGCAUGCAGUGUGUCACUCUUUGUCUCGUAUUGUUAUUUGCAUUACUACGCAUCGUAUGGUAUUACGUUUCGCCAAACAAUAAAUUUCAAACCCUCUAGAAUCGAGAUGCAGACCAACCGCAGAGUUGUGUAUAUUCCUGAUUGCGGUGUGCGAAUGCCUCUGGCGCGCAUGCGUGGGCGAUGAUGGGUGUUGGGGUGACAUGGGGUGCCCACUCUGAUAAGCCGCCCGUGGGCUUUGAUUUAAGCUCCUUUGAACCUGUGCUUACAGUACUUGGCCCCCGAGCGGGGAAUCUUCUAAGGCGCGCCUUUUCUGGCCAGUGCAGGACCAUGGCGGGUGCUAACCUCAGAACAUGACGAGGGCCCCCCCUCUUCGACGUCCUUUUCCUCGUGCUCCU